CAGUACCGCGCAGACAUGGCCAGCUCAACCGUCUCCCUACUGGUCGCAGCAGUGCUGUUGGUGGCGGUGGUGGAGGUGAGCCGCGCGCAGCUGUGCUCGCACUGCGAGUGCCUGCCGGAGCCGUCCAGCCGGCAGCUGUGCGCCCGCCAGGAGAGGACCGGCAAGUUCCGCGGCUUCCGGUCGCGCUGCGAACUCGACUGCUCCAACCGCUGCCGCAAGGACAAAUACGUGUUUGUGGCGAAUGGACGCUGCGGCAAGUACCUGGCGACGAGCACACCACCGACCGACGGUGGCGGCUCCAAGCGGCCGGCCCGUGGACCAGUGGAGGGAAGCGUGUUCGGCCCUCUGCUGCAGCUGCUGAUGCAGGCGGCGCCCAGCUCGUAACCGAAGCUGGCGGUCCGCCAGCAGAUGCCGACCGUACCUGUCCGUCGAGGAGACCACCUUCGCCUGUCAUUCCCUACAUAUAGCCGCACUGUUUUCCUUUACUUUGGCGUGUCUUUGAUGUAUAUCCUCAACAGCAAAGUUUUUUAUACCAUUUUGUUUUCCCUCCACAUGAGAAAAUUUUCAGCUCAACAGCUAUGUUUCUUUAAUAUCACCUUGAUCAAACCACCACCGUAAUAACUCAAACAUCCCAGUUGAAGACUGCCUGAAAGAUGGGCUCCUCUUAAUCAUUUGGGCAUAGUGGGUUGUAUAUAAACAACAAGACAUAGAGCAAUGGCGCAGUUAUUAUCGCAGAGUUCCAUUCAGGCCAUCCGAUGUAUAAUAUAGUGGUGUACUGUAGUCAUAAUGCUCUGUCUUCUUCAGUGUAAAGAGGCUGUUUGGCCGCCAUACAACGAAUAUGUGAAAAUUACUAUCACUCGUUUAUGGACACGCGAAGAAACUGCUCAUUCAAGCUUUGUCUCUCUUUCCCGUAUAUGAUACAAAAUACUUGUCUUGUGCCAACCAGGGAAUUAAGAACUAUGCUUCCAACUACAUUAGUAGUUCCUGUAAUCCAAGGCUGUAUACAGCAGCCUACAUGGGACGUUUGCAUUUAGAAAAACACAUAAACUGUAUCACCAAAUGCAUAUCAUCUGAAUCUCUGUGAUAAACUGUUUACUGUGUACUAGUCAUAAAUUUAAAUAAAUGGAUAUGCCCCACGUAUACGUGUUUCCAGAAUAAUUAGUCAGACAUAGGCAAAUCCUGCAGUUGAUUUCAGCAUGGGUGAAAUAUCCCAAGUCUGCUUAAUGUGUAUCUUCUUCAACAUCUGUAUGCGAACCAGAUGUUGAUGAAGUUGUCUUUUAUGAGAGCCGCUGAUUAGCCUAUGUCUCUUUUUCUUUGGUUACACAUUUCAGUCCCCAAAACUCUUCAAUGAAAGCGACUGAAAGAGUAUUUCCGUUUGUCGUGCAUCCAAACAAAACCUGCGGGAACCUUGGUCAGAUCCACAGUGUCUGGAGUUGCUUCCAGGACAAUAAUGUCCCAGUUGAAGAUACUGCACGUUGGUCCAGCAGGCGAAUAACUAUCUAUUUAUGUGUCUGUAAAAGAAUGUCAAAAAGUUCCUUGGUACGAAAGUAUCUGUACCAACGUCACUACUGAGUUACUAUAAAGUAUGACGUUCCUGAGGAGGCUGUGAUGCAUUACUUUACCAUCAGAUUUCGAUGAUGAUUAUUAGUAGAGCUUGUAAGCUACGUUGCAGUAAGCACAGAUUGUGUUAAGAUUAUGACAGUAUGUUACUGUUCAACAAUGUUGUGUAUUUUAAUAAAGAGAUAAAAACUUUAAAUCGCUA